UAUUUCACAGAACUUAGUAUCACGUCAUCACGAGUAUCUUGGGUAGUGCCUGUGCAUACAACUUGUUUGAGACAAAAACAGGGAAAGUCUGGAAUAGGCCUUUCACCAUGAUCCUGCUGGUGGUGUGUGCUUUGGCUGCUGUUUCUUUGGCAACAAGACCAGCUCCGCCUGAGCCCUUCUGCACUAAACCUGGAUGCAUGGCAAGCAUCAAGUGCUGGACAGACUGGAUGGACUGUGACAACCCAACGGGAACUGGAGACUGGGAGACUAUCAGUAAGCUGAAGAAGUACUACCCCAAGAACAUGUGCCCCAACCCCACCGCCAUCGAGGUGGCAACUGUGGAUGGCAUCAGCCUGGCGGAUGCAGGCAAUGUGUUUUAUGCGAACGAUCACAUCACUGGCCUCAUCUGUAAGAACGCAGAUCAGGAGAAAUGCUUCUGCCGGGACUACAAAGUCCGUUUUGUCUGCUACCCUCCAUUCUGUGGCAACCAGAAACUGUGCUGGACAAAGUGGUAUGAUCGUGACAAUCCCUCCGCUACUGGUGACUGGGAGCUGCUGAAGACCCUGCGGAAGGAGAACCCUGGUGAGAUCUGUGCCAAUCCAAACGCCAUUGAGAGCAGGACUGUGGACACAGACACUCCUGCCACCGUGACUGGCCAAGACUUCCUCCACUUCUCUCCAGCAACUGGUUUCGUAUGCAAGAACGGCCCCAAACAAAAGUGCCGGGACUACAAAGUCCGGUUUGCGUGUCCUUGUGGGCCUGUCUUGGCAGAACUGGCUGUUGAGAGAGACGAAUCUUGAUCCAUUGGAGAUAAUAUUCCAUAAUAUCUCAAGGGUGUGAGAUUGUUCAAUGGGUACUUUCCCCAGUAGUGUAGCAGUGAUAACUGAGAUGUUUUUCUGUAACAGCAUCGACAUCUAACAUCUGUUGUUGUGUUUCCCCAUAUUGUGCUGACUUGAUGGUUUAAAAGUCAACAAGUAUGCAGAGAAAUAAUAAAACUAGAACUUCA